AUGUUAUUUGGUUUUAGCUUACAAAUAUUGGAAGAUAAUGAGUUUACAUUGCCCAAUGCCAGCGCACCAAGAAGCUGCCUUCAACAAAAUGGGGCAAACGAAAAGUGGACAAGGUGUCGGAGAAGCAGUUCCACCGAAUCCUCUGUACACUUCAUUAAAAUUUUUGGAGCCGUACUACAAAAUAGUGCGCCCACAACGUCGAAUUGGUUAGAUAGCCAAACACAAUCAGCCUCACCUGCUUCUCUAUCCGAUAUGGGAGCCAAUAUUAUAUCUGAAGAAGAGAUAGUUCCAUCGACUUCUGAAGCAAAGCGGCGUCGUGAAUGAAGACGAUGGCUACGCAAAAAUAAUUGAGCGUGCUCUGGAAACUAUGGCUGUAGCAACGACAAAUGAUAGUUGGGACGAUG